AUGAAAGCCAAGAAACCUAUUAGUAAACGAAAGAGCACUCGUCUGCAGCAAGGAAUUAAGAAGAAGGUCGCUGCGCAUAAUAGAAAGGAGCGCAAACAAUCGAAGAAAGAUGUUACUUGGAAGUCGAAGGUAAAGAAGGAUCCAGGUAUCCCCAACUCAUUUCCUUAUAAGAACAGAAUUUUGGAACAAAUUGAGGAGAAUAGACUUAAAGAAGCUGAAGAAAAAGAAAGAAGAAGAGAGGCCCAACGGGCUGCUGCGAAAGCUGCUGGUGAGACUUUCACCGGCCUCGACGAUGAUGACAGUAUGGCGGUGGAAGAGUCGAAUAGCAAUCGUCUUUCCGCUUUAUUAGCGUCUGCUCAACAGGCUGCUAAAGAGUACGAUGGUGAAGAAGACGAAGAAGAAGAUGAUGAUGAUGAGGACAUGGAGGUCGAUGACAGUGAUGGAGAGAGCGAGGAUGAAGGUCAGGAAAUAGAAAUCACCGAAGGUGAGAACGUCUUUGAAGGCUCAAGAAAAGCUUUUGAUAAAUUAUACAAACAGGUUGUUGAUGAUGCCGACGUUGUUUUAUACGUAUUAGAUGCUCGGAAUCCAGAAGGAACAAGGUCAAGACAGGUAGAGAGAACGGUCCUGGCUAAUCCCAGCAAAAGACUUAUUUUCGUUCUUAACAAAAUAGAUCUUGUGCCUUCUGAUGUUCUUAAAAAGUGGAUCAAGUACCUCGAACUGGCAUUUCCCACCAUCCCCUUGGCAGCUUCCUCAGCGGCCCCUAAUGCUACUACUUUUGAACACAAGGGUUUGACACAAGUUGCAACCUCAACUAUUCUAUUACAGGCUCUGAAGAAGUAUGCCAGUGAGUCGCAGCUAAAAAGAUCGAUUUCUGUUGGUGUUAUUGGGUACCCCAACGUAGGAAAAUCAUCUGUGAUCAACUCAUUAACUGCUCGUCAUGGCUCGACCAAUAGAGCUUGCCCUGUCGGUGCUCAAGCAGGUGUUACUACUGUGGUGAGAAAAGUUAAGGUGGAUAACAAGCUGAGUAUUCUUGAUUCGCCUGGAAUUGUAUUCCCAUCUAGUGAGUCUUCUAAGAAAGCCAAUCCUGUUGAGGAGAAGGCCCGCCUCAUUCUAUUAAACGCAGUGCCUCCAAAGCAAAUUGAUGAUCCUAGGCCAGCUGUGUCACUUCUCCUGAAACGACUUUCAAAAAAUGAUGACCUUAUGACCAGACUCAAGAAGUACUACGACUUGCCACCAAUUGUGACCAGCCCUCAUGAUAAAUUUGUUACCAGUUUUCUUGUUGAAAUCGCUCGUAAGAAGGGUCGACUUGGCAGAGGUGGUGUUCCAGAUCUAGACAGCUCGGCUACCGCCGUCAUUACUGACUGGAGAGAUGGCCGUAUUGCUGGAUGGGCUCUACCUCCUGUCCUCAAAUCCUCUUCUAGUGAAGCUCCCACAGGCUCUGUUGAUGCAUCAUCCGGUGCUGCCAUUGAACAAAACCAGACUGUUAUUGUCACGGAAUGGGCCAAGGAAUUCAGUUUGGACGGUCUGUGGGAUGGCCAGUUUGACGAGUAA